UUUUUUUUUUUUGGUAACCAUCAUGUCAUGGAUUGGGACCGAAUAGAAGCAUUGUUUUCUCCUUCUCGUUCUUCUAUUGAUUUGAUAGAUCAUAUUUCGUUUUUAUUAGACUUUUUUGAUACACUUUUCAAGGACUUGACGCGUUGUUCCUCAGUUACUCAAUGUACCUCUUUAUACCCUCGUGCUGGACCUCUUUUGACUAAAGUGGCUAUCCAUCCUUAUGUAGGUUGUCAAGUGAAACUGGCACAACUCGUAGUGAAUUGUAUCAUAGAAUAUACGAAAUAUGAUAUGGAAGAUACUUCAAAGUCAAAUACCAAAUCCUCGACAUGGUGUAUUCAACGAUUACGACGUAUCAGUCCAACCACUCAACCUAUCUUGUUAUCGUCUCCUCAGGCUUUUGAACAACAUAUACAUACCAAAAUCAUACCCCUUUUACAUCAACACUUACAUAAUGGCACCCUUUCGAUAUCCAAGUUACACAAACUUUGUGAUUUAGCAAUAGUAGGAUGGGAACAAGCAUCUAUGAUUGAUGUUGUGGAAGGAUUAAUAGAUGCAGCCAUACAAUUGGAUCAACAGGAUCAAAAUAUCAAGUACUUACCGAUAGAGAAAAGGACUUCAAAAAGUUACUUAUCCCCUCGAUUUAUUCAACAUGCGAUAAACAAUAAGAAACAAUAUGAAAAGUGGCCUUUGAAACUCAAGACAAAACUAUGGCAAGCAGUACCUGAUAUAUUUGAAUGUGAAUGGUUGGAUUGGAUCGACUUGCAUUUAGAUGUACACAAAGAAGAAGAAGAAGAAGAAGAAGAAGAAGAAAAAGAUGAGUUUCUGCAGGGGUUGCGACAUUGUCCUUCCUUAGUGCAGCGAUCAUUUUGUUUGAUGGCUCGAUGGGUAUCGCAAGAUGUGGCCGAUUGGCGAAUGGUGCGACUAUUUUGGAUCAAGAUGGCUGAGUUAGUCCAUGUUCUUGAUCUUCCGGAGAACAUGCUGCAUAUGCAACAUAAAAAAGAAGGUGACUUGUUGGCACCAUUCCAUGCAACGUUUGGAUUUAUCUAUACUGGGUCUCCUUUUACUUUGGUAGAACGACGUAAUCAAGCUUGGUUAUUUUGUUUAAUCAUGCCUUGUUAUAUGACUCGAUGUAUUGAUACUUGGUUUAGUUGGUGUAUGGAUCCUCUUUCUCUUUGGUCAGAUAAGAUGGAUGAUCUAUCUACCUAUAUGGCAUGGUUGAUAUGUCCUACUUUGGAUGAUCGAAUGACUGUUUGUUGUUGUCAAUUGAAACAAUGGAUUCAAUCUUUGAAAGGUUAUCCUUCAUCUGGUAUCCAUUCUUUUUUGAAUCAUUGGUAUGAUUUGUUUCAUGGUCAUGUACAAGUGAUUGUUCGUGUCUUAGUGGUUAUGAUACAAUAUGAAGAAAACCAUCAAUGGAAAUCAAUGUUGGAUAGAUUUAUGGAUGAUGCGAAGUCACUUCAUGUAGAAAGAGUAUUGAUGAUGACAUUAUUAGAUAGAUUGAAUGAAACAAUAGAUGAUGAUGAUGAAAAAAUCAACUAUAUGAAGAAAUAUGUAUAUAGUAAAUUAGAUAGAUCAUAGAAUUGUAUUAUUAUCAAUAAAAAGUGAAG